UUUUCUCUCCCGCGAAGAUCGAAACACAAGCAGAUUUCGGAAAAUAAACUGUACCAUCACCCGAAUUAGUGCUUAGUGUGUGCUCCAAUGGCGGCUGAAAACAAAACCAAUGGUGGAGGCAAAAGCAACAACACCUUCAGGGGCAAGAAGAGAAAGCAAUUUCUCCCACACAAUAAACUUGUUAAGAAAAAAGGGGCCUACGCUUUAGGGCCUGGUGUUCAAGGCUUCUUCAUCACCUGCGAUGGAGGCCGGGAACGCCAAGCUGCACACGAAGCCCUCUUAGUUAUUGAUUCUUUCUUUGAUGAGCUGGUCAAUGGCAGGGGUUCUGGUAAAACCCUUGCUGACAUGCCAAAUAAACCUUUAAAUAAAAAGAUUGUGUUUGCUAGCGAUGAUGAUGAUGAUGAUGAUGAUGGUGAUGAGGAGGAGGAGGUGGUGCUAACAAAGGAGAAAGAGGGGGGAGAUGGGGGACAGGAAGAAGGGAAACAAUCAGAUACUUGUGGAGAUGGUGAAGCAAGUCAUGAAAAUUCAACAAAUGAGAAGUCAGAUCCUCCUGAGUCCAGUAAUAUGUGCAGUGGAAAUGAAAUUGAGGGAAUGACUGGUGAAAAUAAAGAGGGUAAAAGACAUGAAAGUCAAGUAAAUGAAUCUGAGGAGCCACCAGCCAAGAAGCAGUGCUUAGAACCUGAAGCAUCAAAACCUGUGCAGAGUGAAAAAGUGGAGGAGAAGUCGAUCGAUAAACUCAUCGAAGCUGAGAUUAAAGAACUUGGAGAUAAAAAUAAAAGGCGCUUUAUCAAUCUUGAUUCUUGCUGUAAUGGUGUUGCCAUCAUUCAAAUGCGAACAAAAGAUGGAGACCCCAGCCCAAAAGACAUUGUACAGCACAUGAUGACAAGAACAAAGUCAACAAGGAAACCAGUGUCAAGGUUCAUCUUAAGAGUGUUACCAGUUGAACUAUCAUGCUAUGCUUCAGAAGAGGAAAUUCAAAGAGCAAUCAAACCUCUUGUAGAAAACUAUUUUCCAGUGGAGACUCAAAACCCUCAGAGGUUUGCUGUGUUGUAUGAGGGUCGUGCAAACACUGGAAUUGACAGGAUGAAAAUAAUAAACGCAGUGGCGAAAUCUGUUCCUGCACCUCAUAAGGUUGAUCUGAGCAAUCCUGACAAGACAAUUAUAGUUGAAAUUGUUAAGACUCUGUGCAUGAUCGGUGUCGUCGAGAAGUAUAAGGAGUUAUCAAAAUGCAAUCUAAGGCAGUUGACAUCACCAAAGCAGUAAAUGUGAAAUUAUGAAAGAGGAUAUUAUUGAUGAUGGAAAACGCUUUGAUUAAAUAUUAUUUUGUAUAUGAAAUCGAUGAACAUACUUUUCAAGAGAAUAUUUAAAAACUCAAAGUAGAGCUUUGUGUUAAGAGUAAACAUGGACUCAUUUGUGUGCCAGCUUGGCUUGAACGAGUCUGAAAUGAGCUCGAUUUAGAUGAACUCAAGUUCAUGCCUAAAAGGUUGUCAAGUUCAAAUUUAGAUGAACUUAAAAGUUGUUUGGAUCAUCAAGCUUAUGAGCUCGAAAAAAACUUGAUUAAAAUGAGUUAAAAUGAUAUUUUUUUUGACUUAUUAACAUUAA